AUGGAUGCAAAUUGUUUGGGGUCCGACAAGACCACCGACGUCGGCAUGCUCGUCGACGUCGCAGCCGGGGUCGUCUUUGGAUCGUAUCUCUGCGACCACCACAAAUCGCUGGCACAGGCGCUGGAUGUCCUGCUCAAGGAAUGUGCGGUUGAGGGAGUGGAGUGGGUGCUGGUGUGGCUGAACAGCUGGCCCGCCGGUCUCAAGCUGAACACGGAGCUCAGCCAGUUCUAUGUCGAUAUAUUCAUGUCCAUCCUCGCCUCCUACACGCUCCUCCUCCAACGAGCAACGCCAUACACUCCCGCGCUCGUCUACUUCACCGGCAUCCUCGCAUCCGCACGCAUGUCCCUCGCCCUCGCCUUCCUCGCAGACAUCCUCGCCCUCGCCACUGCCCACCUCUACACAUCCUACGCCCUCGCCCGCGCCAUAUACGCACACAUGCUCGCCACCGCUGCCAGUCUCUGGAACCUCUUCCGCGGCAACCACUACAACGUCCUCCGCCACCGCACAGACUCCUGGCACUACGACAUCGACCAGCUCCUCUUCGGCACUAUCAUCUUCACCCUCCUCGCCUUCCUCUUCCCCACCGUCCUCGUAUACUACUUGCUCUUUGCCGCAACCCGCCUGGCCACCAUCCUCGCACACGCCAUCCUCCAAACCCUGCUCGCACUCCUCACCCAUUCCCCAACCGCUGUCCCCGCAAAGCCUGGCGAUGUAUACUUUCAAGUCCGCGAAUCCGCCGACCCCCAUGCGCAUCCUCAACCGUAUCUCGCGUCAAGGAGCCAGCCGAGGGAUAUGGCAUCCUUUGCGCAGUACCGCCCCCUCUGGACGCGCGCCGCCGCGCACUACGACCCCGCGCGCCUCGCCGCCGCCGUCCUCGCCGGGCACCACCUGGCGCGCAUGGGUGCGACGGCCCAAUCCUCACGGUCUACGGGGUAG